GGUCCGCGCAUGCGCGUUGAAUCAAUAGUUCAUGUGCAAUGUAAACCUACCCGCUUCGAUCACAAACUUUCACGGAAUGAAAUGAAUGUCAAGUGGAAGAGAUUAUUCUUUUGGAAAAGAAAGAAGUACAUUUUUAAGCCACUGUAGCAGGAGUGAAUGGAUUGAUUUGUUGUUAGCGCGCGCGUUGUCAUGCGGGAAUAAACAACGGUGCGCACCGUUCACGCGCGUCAUCUGGAUUACUUGUACGAAUUUCAAGCGUUUCUAUGAUAAAGAAGCGAAUAAAUGACAGGAAUGAGAGGAGACAGCAGUCAUGCGGCUAAAGCGAGAUGGACAACAGCGGCAUGGGCUCUUCAACUUUUCUGCAUUUCUUCUCUGACUUUAUUUGGAAAUGGAGAAGAUUGCCAUGGCGCCUUUGAUUUAUAUUUUGUAUUGGAUCGGUCAGGCAGUGUGUCUGAGAACUGGCUGGAGAUAUAUGGAUUUGUGGAGCAAUUGACGAAUCGCUUUGUAAGCCCGAAGAUGAGAGUAUCGUUCAUAGUGUUUUCUUCAAAUGCAGAAGUAAUCCUGCCUCUCACUGGAGACAGGGCAGCUAUAGAUAAUGGUCUUCAAAGGUUGAGCAAGAUCAGACCUGCUGGUGAGACCUACAUGCACGAGGGGUUGAAAAAGGCAUUGGAACAAAUGACCUCUCAGCGCACAAGAUCAUCCAGCAUCAUUAUUGCACUGACUGAUGGGAAGCUGGAAAUGUAUCCUCAUGAACUCGCUGUGAAAGAGGCUGAUCAGGCCAGACAUUAUGGUGCACGGGUGUACUGCGUUGGCGUGAAGGACUUUGAUGCAAACCAGCUCGUAGAUAUUGCAGACAGCAAAGAUCAAGUGUUCCCAGUCGUGGAUGGAUUCCAAGCACUCAAAACCAUCGUAAAUUCGAUUCUACAGAAAUCAUGUAUAGAGAUUUUUAACCUCGAGCCCUCCAGCAUUUGUGUGAAUGAAACAUUCAACAUUGUUCUGAGGGGAAGGGGCUUCACACAGGGCAGAACCUCAGAGGGCGUGGUCUGUACGAUAUCUGCCAAUCAACAGGAGCCCUAUAAUGAGAGGCCGAGUAUAGUGAGGGAUGAUUAUGUGCUGUGUCCAGCUCCAGUAUUGACCGAGGUCAGCCACUCAAUCGAUGUGCUCAUUAGUCUGAAUAAUGGACAGUCUUUCAUUUCAAGUCCAAUCACGAUAUAUGCCACCACAUGUUCUGAUGGGCUGGUGGUGGCCAUUGUUAUUCUGGUACUGCUGGUGCUGGUGGGUCUAGUUGUGCUCUGGUGGUUCUGGCCUCUCUGUUGUACUGUGGUGAUCAGGGAUCCGCCCCCAUCUCGCCCUCCACCCCCAAGACCAAUACCGGAACCUGAGGUGGAUCCUCUGCCAAAGAAGAAAUGGCCUACAGUAGAUGCGUCUUAUUAUGGUGGCAGAGGCCCUGGUGGUAUUACACGCAUGGAGGUUCGGUGGGGUGAUAAGGGCUCUACAGAAGAAGGGUCGCGGUUAGAGAAAGCAAAAAACGCUGUGGUCAAAAUGCCAGAGGAGGAGUUUGAGGAGACUGUAAUAAGACCUCCACCCAGACCACCUCCCAUAUACCAACCCCAGGCCCCGGACAAGUGGUACACUCCUAUUAAAGGCCAGUUUGAUGCUGUAUUAGCAUUGCUGCGUCGACAAUAUCACAGAGUUGCUAUAAAGAGACCUACAGCGAAUGAUAAGGGGCGAUGCAUCAAAUUCACCCGGGUUCAAAGUAACUGAUUGACCGAUCCAAUGUGUCACACUUCAGGAGGUUCUGAUCAGUUUUUAAUAUCCAAUUGCAGUUGGACUUGGAUGGACUUUCAGAUAUGUGCGUACUAGUAAUAAAUGGCUGUAUUGUUAUUUUCCAGACAAGUAUAGACACAUCUUGUUGAAUUUAUGGUCACAGUACAAAAGCUGUAAUUUUAAUGUCAACAUCAGUUUUUUUUUUUCAAAAUAAGAGUUUACACUUUUAUUUGUUACAUGUAUAAAUGUAUCCUGCUGAACUUUGUCUGCAUGCUCUUAAAAACACUGAUUUUACAACAGAGACACAAAUCAAAACUGUGCCUUAUUAUGAGUAUAUAUAGAGAGUGAAAUACAGUCAAUUUUGUAGAGAUGUUAAAUUUUCUUCCAGUAAUUAUUUCUAUUUUCUAUUUAAUUAUUUGUUUUUAUUUUAUACUGAUUAAAUUGUUUUAAUCAGUAGAUUACCUGUGUAAGUUUAUUGUUAACGACACAACUGUCAAUAAAAAGCGCUGAAAUGCAUUAAAAUAUAUUAUAAUA